GAACGUUUCUUUUAAAUGUUCCCUUUUAAACUUGUGUUGCUAUAUAUUGAGGAUACAUGAUUUUAAAAAAUAACCUUGAGGCAUGGCAAAGAGGAAGUAAAGUAGGUGUUACAUUCACCUACCGUUUAAAGUUCAGCGUUUUUAUUCGAUACAUCAAGACACAAAUAAUUGCAUCAAGGAUGUGGACGAGUUCGGUAUUAUUUUUACAAACUUUGAUAUGGACAACAAAUCUGCAGAGUAUUACAGGAAACAGUUUUGCACCAGAGAUUUUGUCUGUAAAUGUCAACGAAAGAAUUCCAGAAAAUACGAAAUUUGGCGUUAUUGUGGCAACUGUGUCAGCGUCAGACAGAGACACCCAAUUUCCUGACAACGACAUCAGAUUCCAGAUGUUUGCUUCACAAUUAGCAUCGGAGUAUUUUGCAGUAGACAGUCUGACGGGAAAUAUUUUUGUGAAAAAAGAUUUAACUUUAGAUACCUCUAAAAUAUAUCAGGUAUUUGUACAAGCCUAUGAUAUGGGAUCACCCUCCAGGUCUUCAGCUAUAAAUGCCACAGUAACAAUAGAUGUAUAUAGGAAUUUAUUUCACCCAUAUUUUACUGGUGAACCAUUCACCACAAGUAUUACUGAAAAUAUUAUCGCCAACACUUCAAUACUACAAGUCAACGUUGGGGAUGACGACACUGACGCACCAUUCAACACAGUAACUCUAUCUGCCAUUGGAGAUGACAAAGCCCCGACUUAUUUCAGACUGGAUAGUGAUGGGCGCAUUGUUGUCAUCGGUGAUCUAAGGGCAGAUUCAAACACUCAUUACCUGUUGAGAAUUUUGGCUCAAGAUGGUGGAUCCCCUUCUAGAACAGCAAUUACAAUAGCUUCCAUAACAGUGCAGCGCAAUCUUUAUGCUCCAGUCUUUCAGAUACUGUCUAAAAAUGAGACAAUACUUGAAACACGACAGCUAGGCCUUCCAAUCCUUCAAGUGAAAGCAACUGAUGGUGAUAGAAGAGCACCAAACAAUGUUGUGAGGUACUCUCUGACAGAAGGAGCUGAUGACAUUGAGUGUUUCCUGAUAGAUGCCCAAACAGGCAGUCUGUCUUUGAGGCGAUCCCUUCUCUAUGCUCCUUGCACUGGCAUUAGAUAUCGAAUGACCGUCACUGCCACGGACCUAGGUUUGAAUCCUUUCUCCAGCACUAUAACUGUUACUGUGGAUGUUGAUCGCAAUGCCAAUCCUCCCGUCUUCGAGAACAUCCCAGCAAUUGCACCAAUCAAUGAAAAUCAACCAACAAGUCAAGGCUUUUUCACUGUCAGAGCUACAGAUGCUGACACAGUGACUCCAUUCGGAGAUAUCACAUAUUCCUUGGUUGGUGAUGGAACAGCAACCAUUUAUUUCCAAGUGGAUUCUUCCACUGGUGUAUUGAGUCUUAAACAGAGCAUACAGCCUGAUACAGCUUCUACAUACAGGCUAACAUUCAGGGCUACCGAUGGAGGCAACCCUCCUAAGUAUGAUGAGAAAACUCUAACUGUCAACGUCAAUAGGAAUCUCCUUGCUCCUGAGUUUGUGCACCAGAUCUAUGAGGUUACAAUCUGGGAAAUUCAGGCCUUGGAUAUUGUAAUACAAGAAGUUUCUGCACGUGACAAUGACACCAAAGCUCCCCACAAUGAAGUAACUUAUGAAAUAGUUGGUGAUGCACUUGCUCAGACUUACUUCAGAAUUGACAAUGAAGGAAGGAUUUAUGUCAGGAGGCCUCUUACUGAUGACAAUGCUGACACAGGACUCUACACUGUAUCUGUACGAGCCAAUGAUAAAGGAACUCCUCAAAGAUCCAGCAGCACUCUGGCCACAGUGAGAGUGAAUGUUUUAAGAAACAGGAACUGUCCAACAUUUGCAUCUUCUGUUGUCGACAUUUCCAUUGACCAGUCUUCAGUCAGCAGGGUUAUUUAUGAUGCCAAUGCCACUGAUCCAGAUGCAGCAAAUACUCCAUUCAGUACAGUCAGAUACAGUCUCAUUGGAGAUGAAAAUGCCCAAGUAUUCUUUAGAGUUGAUGACCAAACUGGGCAAGUUUUCACAAAUGGGCCCUCAUUAUUCUCAGAUCAGGGAACCAUUUACCAGUUGAGAGUGAGAGCCGAGGAUGCAGUAAAUACAGUCACAAGUUGCUCGGGAACCCUUGUGCUCCGUGUCGCUGUUAACAGAAACUUGAAUUCCCCACAGUGGACAAAUGUGAACACAGCCAAUAACUAUGUCACAACAAUAUCAGAAACUCACAGUGUAUCCCUAUCUGUGUACAGAAUUCAGGCAAUAGAUGCUGAUGACAAGGUGCCGAACAAUGUUGUCAGCUAUGCUAUGACAACAAACUCCCCUAACAGGAACUUGUUCUUUGUUGAUGUGGAUGGCUUUGUUUAUCUGAGAAACAGCCUUGUGGGAAUUACAGGAGACCCAUUCACGGUAAGGUUUGUCGCAACUGAUGGAGGUAAUCCUGCUAGAACCAGUCCCGAGGCAACUCUUACAGUAAAUGUGAAUCGUAACCAGUUCCCACCAGAAAUUCUGAAUCUUCCCGCAAAGAAAGAAAUCCAAGAAAAUCAACUCGUCAAUGAGGAAAUUUACAGGGUCAAUGGCAGGGACAAUGAUACUUUUGCUCCAUUCAACGCCUAUUCCUUUGAACUUGUGGGAGAUGGCUCGUCAACGACGUUCUUCCGAGUUUCACCAAAUGGUGCAGUAACAUUGCGACAGUCUAUCUCAUCAGACCCUGCCACCACAUUCCAGCUGCGUGUCCGCGUACAAGAUGGAGGUACUCCUCGAAAACAAGACGAGGGGCUUCUAACAAUCAAAGUGAACAAAAACCUUUUCAGUCCUGUGAUGACUACCGGCCAAUACAGCAGACGAAUCCUGGAAACCCAGACUGUUUCUCUGCCCCUGGUCACUGUCCUAGCCACCGAUGGAGAUCAGUUUGCACCCAACAACCAGCUGAGGUAUUUCAUAGUGGGUUCCAACACAACUAUAACUGAUUUCUUCAUGGUGAAUGAGGACUCCGGUGCUGUUAUGUUAAGGAGAUCUAUGCUUGAUUAUCCAAACACAGCUACAACGUUUACAGUCAAUUUCCAAGUCAGUGCAGAAGAUAAAGGAAGUGUACCCCGACAAGCCAACAACCCCCAGCUAGUGGCCAUCACUGUGGUCAGAAACACAGCCCCAUUCUUUGAGAAUACAUUCACUUACAAUGCUGAGGUUCAACAGUUUGCACCUGGAGGUGCCCCGGUAUUCACACCUAUAGGAAGAGGUGCCGACAGUGAUAGUCCAUUCAAUGUUUUGACCUACUCUUUGAUUGGUGAUGAUGCUGCUACAACCGUGUUCCAAAUCAAUCCAAACACUGGAGCUAUCUCUACUAGACCAACAACAAAUCUGACUCAAACUAUUGGCAACUUUGUGGCUCGUGUACAAGUGACAGAUGGUGGGUCGCCUCCCUUGUCGGACACAGCCACGGUACAGAUCACCGUCCAAAGGAACAGGGAAAACCCUCGUUUCCUACACGCUGUGGAUCUCACCAGAAACAUCCCAGAAACUCUGCCAGUAGGAUCAGAAAUCAUUGACCUGAAUGCCACCGAUGAUGAUUUCUUUGUUCCAAACAAUGUGAUCUCAUACGUGAUAACUGGGGGUGAUGGAAAUCCACUGGAGUAUUUCUUCAUACAUCCCAGCACUGGUGUAAUUGUGCUCCUGAAAUCGGUUAAAUCAAUCUCCAUCAGUAAUUUCAGGUUGAGUGUCGAAGCCAGGGAUCAGGGAGCACCUAUGCGCUUGGCCACUGCCACGGUCCGUAUCAAUGUUCUACGAGACACAGGGGUGUUAGCAUUCAGUGCCAAUAACUACAAUGUGACAAUCAGUGAGAACACCCCAGUAGGAUCCUCUGUUACCAACACAGUCGCUUCACCAGGGAUUAGCAUUGAGUAUUCCUUGCUGGGCGUUUCAAGUGGACAAGAUUACUUCAGUGUCAAUGCGGCAACGGGACUAGUCACUGUCAGACAGCAGCUUACCAGUGAUCCAGCCAGGCCUACCUUCUACCAGCUGCGUGUACAAGCCAUAAAUAGAGGAGUAACAACACAAACUGCAACUGCCACAGUCAACAUUGGUGUCGUUCGUAAUGAAAAUGGUCCUGUGUUUAGACCCAGUAAUACAUACUCCACCACUGUUGAGGACACGAUUCCUUUGGGUUACAGUGUUAUUUUUCUCACUGCAACAGAUGCUGAUGGUGAUCAACUGAACUACAGAAUACUGAGCAGGUCGCCAUUCACGGACCUGUUCUAUCUUAACCCUGUUACUGGACAGAUCGCCUUAAGAAACAUCCUGCAAGGAAGAGCUGAAAACCAAUAUUCGUUUCAAGUUCAAGUUAGUGACCAGAGAACUCCUGAGCGCACAGCUGAUGCUUUUGUCAUUGUCAACGUUAUCAAAGACCGGUUCGCUCCACAGUUUAUCCGCACCCCAUAUCUCUCGGCAACCACAGAGAACACCCAAGAUGGCACUAUCAUCUUCAGCACAGAAGCUAUUGAUCAAGAUCUGAGAGGGAGAAUUGAGUACACUGUCAUUGGUGACAAUGCAGCCCCAGCCUUCUUUGGAGUGAUUCCAGACAGAGGGAACAUUACCAUCAUUAAUCAAGCUCUUCUGAGGAAAGAUGUGGGAACCAGCUACACGCUUCGACUUACCGCCCACGACACACAGUAUCCCAACAACAGAGCCAAUGCCACUGUGACCAUCCAGGUGACAAGGAAUCUGAACUCGCCUGUAUUUUCUCCACCAAGUUACAGUAGAACCAUACUGGACACUGUUCCUCUGGGAUAUCAAGUAGUUCAAGUGAACGCUACUGAUGGAGACAAUGAUCCAAUCCGAUACAGCAUCAUAGGAGACACCAGAGCCCAGACUUACUACUACAUCAACCCAGAAACAGGCUGGAUCACUGUAAAGCAACUCCUGACCACUGGAAACUGGCCUCAGGAUCAGAUUUCGGUCCAGGCCUGUGAUUUGAGAGACCCUCAGAACUGUGUUUCGACAUUUGCCAUAAUAACAAUUGAUCGAAAUGAACAAUCUCCAUCCUUCACAAAUACUCCAUAUUCAGAAAGUUUGGGACAAGGCAGAACAGCCUCAGAAACUGUGAUCUUCACUGUCACUGCUAGAGAUCCAGACUUGAACCCAAGUACAGGAAGCCUCAGAUAUGAAACAAUUGGCAACUAUCCAGCUCCUUCAUUCUUCUCCUUGAAUACAACCACAGGAGAAAUCAAGGUUGCUCGUGGUCUAAUGGAGGAUGGUCUACAGAGAUCCCAGUAUAACCUGGUGGUGAUUGCCUAUGAUACCCAGUAUCCAGCAGACAGAGCAACAGCUACAGUCACUUUCAAUGUCAACCGUAAUCCUAAUUCACCUGUCUUCACACAGUCAGGCAGAUAUCUUGUUACUGUUCCAGAGAGUUUACCUUUAGGCAGCAAUGUUACACAGGUCCUAGCAUCAGAUGCUGAUAAUGAUGUAGUCAGCUACUUCAUCAUCCAAACAGGGAAUACAGGACAAGAGGAUCUGGAUUUCUUCUAUCUGAAUGCAGAGACAGGAGUGAUCACUCUCAAGUCUCUUCUCACCUCGACCAUAUUGAAUUCAUUCACGUUUGAUGUGGUAGCUAGAGAUCCAAGUGGAAAGACUGGCAAUGCGGUUGUCACUGUCACUGUUACACGAGAUCAACCUCCAGUCUUUGUGUCCACCCCUUACAGAACAUCUGUUGUUGAGAAUCGGCUAAUCAAUUCAAAGUUCUUCACAGUCGCUGCCAAUGAUCCUGAUAGAAAGGGUCAAAUUGUGUAUGGAGUGGUAGGGUCUCUUAAUGCUCCCUUCUACUUUGGAGUGGAUAAUUCCAGUGGGGAAGUUGCCGUCAUCAACGACUUGAAAACUGACAUUAGACAGCAAUAUGAUCUUGUUGUAACAGCAUAUGACAGUGGUUCCCCAGGAAAGACCGCUACUGCUACUUUAACAUUAACUGUUGUCAAAAACCCCUCCGUACCAGAAAUCACAUCUGGUCCCCACAGAGUCACAAUAUGGGAGGACAGAGCUCCAGGAUCUAAUAUAUUGAACAUCACAGCAAGGGAUAAUGAUGGAGAUACCUUAAGAUACGAGUUGUUGAGUGAUGGCACAGCAGAAUCUAUCAGAGCUUUGAUGUACUUCACAAUUGACCCCAACACUGGCCUGGUCUAUGUAGCAAGAACAUUGAUGGAUGAUCCAACAAGGGCUGUCUUGUACAAGAUGAAAGUUCGGGUGAGAGACCAGCAGUACUAUGAGAAACAGACAGAAGCUGAUGUUGAGAUCACUGUACUUAGAAAUCAACAAUCUCCAUUCUUUUUGGGUACCUAUGCCAGGGAAAUACCAGAAAAUACACCAAUGUUGACUUCUAUUCUUCAAGUUACUGCCCGAGACACUGACAUGAGGCCAAUAAGUUCUCUUCGCUAUGAGGCUACAGGAUUUGGCUCAGCACCUUACUUUUUCUACUUGUCUCCUGCAAAUGGAUCUAUAUACGUACAGAAUGACCUGCGAUCUGAAAAGAAUAUAUCAACAUACAAUCUGGUGGUGAUUGCCUAUGAUACCCAGUAUCCAGCAGACAGAGCAACAGCUACAGUCACUUUCAAUGUCAUUCGCAACCCGAAUUCACCUGUCUUCACACAGUCCAGCAGCUAUCGUGUUAAUGUUCCAGAGAGUUUACCUUUAGGCAGCAAUGUUACACAGGUCCUAGCAACAGAUGCUGAUAAUGAUGUAGUCAGCUACUUUAUCAGUCCAACAGGGAAUACAGAGCAAGAGGAUCUGGAUUUCUUCUAUCUGAAUGCAGAGACCGGAGUGAUUACUCUUAAGUCUCCUCUCACCUCUACCAUAUUGAAUACAUUUACGUUCGAUGUGGUAGCUAGAGAUCCGAGUGGAAAGACUGGCAAUGCUGUUGUCACUGUCAUUGUUACACGAGAUCAACCUCCAGUCUUUGUGUCCAUACCUUACAGAACAACUAUUGAUGAGAAUGGGCAAAUCAAUUCAAAUAUCUUCGCAGUUUCCGCCUCUGAUCCUGAUAUUCGGGGCCUUAUUCAAUAUGAAACCGUUGGCAUUUAUCCAGCUCCCUCUUUUUUCGACGUGGAAAGAUAUACUGGAGUUAUCCGAAUUAUCCGAGAUCUAAAAGAAGACCGGUUUGCAACUGGAACUUAUAAUUUAUUAAUUGUUGCGUAUGACUCAAUAUAUCCAAAUAAAAAAGCAACAUCAGAAGUAAUGAUCAACGUUCAGCGCACACCAGCAACCUUCGAUUUUUCUCAGACAAUGUAUGCGGUGCAAUUACCGGAAAUCACACCCGUUGGCAGCAGAAUUUUACAAGUCUUCCCAGCAAAUGCAAAUGAUAGUGCAAUGUAUGCAAUUGAAAGCUCACUUCCUUUGUCUGGAGUUAACAUCUUUAAUAUGGAUGCAGUUAAUGGGAUAAUUACUACAAAUAUUUCGCUUCAGAGUGGAUCAAAUUACUUUUAUCAGCUCGAAGUAAAAGCCACGGACAAAUCCAACCCUCUCCGCACUGGUGUAACCACUGUAUUUGUUAUCGUGGAGGAUUUCUGUUGUCUAUCCAUCAACAGGACGUGUGAACUGAACAGCCAUGCACCAAUCUUCAGCGCACCACUGUAUUUUGUUAACGUGAUGGAAGGGGACUAUUCAACCAAUAAUCAACCGCUUAUAGAGGUUUCGGCAAGUGAUUAUGAUUUUGGACCUGAUGGUGACCUUGUGUUUGAAAUACAAAGUGUGUCAAAUAAUGGGGGUGAAAAAUUUAAAAUACAACAGAAGCCCUCAGAAAAGAAAGCAUCUAUCAUUUGCAUUGGCAAAAUCUCAAGAGACUUGACAUAUGUCAUUGUUGUUCAUGCCUCUGAUCAAGCUAUUCACGUUUCUAGAAAAAGAAGUUCCUCCGUUCCUGUAGAGAUUAAAGUAGUACCAUUUAGAAAUUAACCAAGACGUCCCUUUCAUGUACCAACAUUUUUUUUUAGUGAUAUGGAAUAUUUUGUUUUAAAUGUAAGUUAUGUUUAUUGUAAUAUGAUACUUGUUUUAAUAAAAGUGAAAAUAAUUAAUGAGAUAUGAGUAAAAGUUGACAAUUUUGACAGCUCCAGAUGAUAUCUAUCGACUAAAAAUCAAUAUCAGAUCGCCUUUUACUAUUAUAUACAAGAUGAUAUCCCGCGCGGGAAAUAACACUUAAUCAUAAUAAAUAAUUAUGUCACUUUCUGAAGCAACGUCCUCGUUUUAUGUGUAUAUCAUUUAAACAUAUAUAUUUCAUAUAUACAGUAGAGUCGUCAACACAAUCUGUUCAUGGUUCACAAAUUCAUACAUAAGGCUAUCUGUGUCAGUGGUAUAAAAAUGUAUGUGAUCUAAUCGGGCGAGAGCGUGCAUAUAUAUUUGUAAUUUUUAAACCAAAGUCGCCGAUCCAAACCAUCAGCCUGAUGCAUGAUGAACUCGCGUUACACUUUUCGCCAUGACGAAUUAGUCAACCCACGUUUUUUGGUUACCCCGUUCUGGGAUGUUUUUUCAUCUAAACUAAAAUCGCACGUUCCAGAAACGAAUGGGCUCAAUUUAAUUUUUCAAAAUUUUUAAAAUCUUAAUUUUUAUGAAACGAAUUGGCUCAAUUUAGUUUUUCAAAAUUUGUAAAAUCCUAAUUUUUAUGUAUACUAAAAAUUAAUUCCAGCUAAAUAUAUCUUCUCCUUAUUAAUAAGUAAUUAUUUAAUAUAAUUUAAUUGCAAGUAUAUAUUAUGACACAAACUCCAACUGACUUUGAUCGACCAAAGCGUGUCCAUCACCGUACUCUCAUUUUUGCUAUUUUGGGCUGGUUUAUAGAAAAUGAAAGUAGGUUUUUUCAUUAAGUUUUACAAUAAUCAGAUAUAAUUCAAUUUUGG